AUGAAAAAGGCAGGGAACCACCAUUUAGAUGUUGUGCAUUCACACAGAGACUUCAUUUCUUCGGAGCAUUCUUCCCGUAGUGAUACUACUUCGGACCAGGAAAGCAAGGAAUCUGAAAAUAUGCUAGAAGAAGCCAAGAAUACAAAAGUAAAUAUUGCUAAGAAGAAUUCAACAUUUAAAAGAAACCAAUACUUAUCAUGCAGAAGGAAGACUAUUGCCAACUCAAUUUCAGUAUUCGGAUCUCAUGCAAGAAAGAGACUUGGCAGUAAAGAAGAGUUUUUUAAUAGCAAGAAGUCAAUAGCACUUGAAAGCUUUGUACCUCAGACAUCCAAAAAUAUUGAGAAGAAAAUAAAGAAUGAAUACGAGAGAAUCAAAAAUGCUGAAUAUCCUCCAUAUGUAACCACAAUGACAGAGAAAAUGAUUUAUGUAUUCCAGUCCAAUUCCAUCCUUCUUACAGAUCCAAGAAUAAAGGACUUCAUUCAGGUUGUCAAGGAUCUCGAGAAAGAGAAAAGAGAUAUUGGAUUUGAAGAAUUCAAACAGAUAUUGCAGCCAAUGUACAACCUCUUCACUAGGAUCAGCAAUAAUCAAGUCACUGUAUCUGACUGAGAUAGCUUCAAGGCUAAAGCUCAGAAAAUUUUUGAUAAGUAUAAAGCAAUGGAUUUCAAAGGUAAAAUACCGAAGUACAUACCUGGUCUGAGAAAGGCAGACAAGAACUCAUUCGCUGUUUCAAUCUGAACAGUCGAUGGCCAAGUAUUUAACUUCGGAGACACCGACUCAUUUGUCACCCUUCAAGCUAUUUCAAGUGUGGUCAGCUACUUGAUAGCCCUAGAGGAGCAUGGAAAUGAAAAGGUUUCUCUUUUCAUCGGAACUGAGCCAAGCGGACAGGCAUUUAACUCAUUAGAAUUAUCAGAGAAAAAGCCUCAUAACCCUUUGAUCAAUUCUGGAGCUCUAACUUGCAGUAACUUGAUCUAUCACGGUCACCAAAUUAACAGAAAAUAUGAAUACUACGCACGAAUUGUUAAGAAUAUGAUUGGAGGGAGGAAAGUGCAUUUCAAUAAUGAGAUCUACUUAAGUGAGAUCGCAACAGCAGAUAGAAACUACUCCCUUCUUUACAUGCUGCAAGAAGCUGGAAUUAUUGAACCCACCGCAGACAUUAAGAAGAUCCUUCAGUUUUACACCCAAGCAUGCGCUAUCGAAUUAACUAUAGAAUCGUAUUCAAUCCUGGCUUCUACCUUAGCUAAUGGAGGAAUAUGCCCUAUCACUGAUGAUAAAGUAUUUGAAGACUCUAAUGCAGUAAAAGGAGCUUUAGCCCAGAUGCUCUCUUGCGGGAUGAACACAUAUUCAGGAGUCUGGGCCUUUGAUGUUGGACUCCCAGCAAAAUCAUCUGUCUCAGGAGUAACUAUAUGAGUAGUGCCAAAUACAAUGGGAAUAGCAGUUUGGUCUCCUCCUUUAGAUAAAGCUUUCAAUAGUGCUAAAGGUUCACAUUUUCUCAUUGAAUUAAUAAAGGAACUAGGAUAUGAUGACAUUGACCAUGUUUAUAGUGCAGGAAUCUGGGGUAGAAAGCAAGUAGAUGAAGAAGGUGAAGACCAUUCCAAUGAUUCUUUCCAUCUUUUAUACCUAGCCAAACAAAAUAAACUAGCUGAUAUGAGAAGAGCAGUGGCUCAAGGAAUGAACGUAAAUUACUCAGAUUAUGACAGCAGAACACCUUUACAUCUUGCUGCCAACUAUGGAAAUUUUGAUAUUGUAAAAUAUCUUGUGAAGCAUGGAGCGAAAAUCAAUGUUCAUGAUAGAUUUGGCAACAGCCCUAUUGAUGAAGCAAAAGAGAAUGGAUAUGAACAAAUUGAGAAAUAUCUAAUCAAAAAGCAAAUCCAACAAUAAAAUUUCCUAGCUAUAUCAGAAACUUCAAAAAUUUACUGCCAAUUG